GGAUAAGCAGAAAACAAAGUUCAAGAUUAAAACUACUUGUUCAGUUUAGCUUGUAAAACCUGACUACUUGGGAAUCCAAGGCAUAGUAAGAGUGUCACUGAAAUCUUACCAUUGUGGCAUCUAAGUGCCAGAUUGUACCACAAACCCUCAGGAGCCAUGCUGCUGUUGCUGACUUUGGCUUUCCUGGCCAGUCCCACAUGCAGAGCCCAGAAUGUCCUGGGGAAUGCUGCUGGCAAGUAUUUCUACGUUCAAGGUGAAGAUCAGGGGCAACUCAAGGGCAUGCGGAUCUUCUUAAGUGUUUUCAAGUUCAUCAAGGGCUUCCAGCUGCAGUUUGGCAGUAACUGGACUGAUGUCUAUGGAACCCGGUCAGAUAACUUUAUAGACUUCCUUCUGGAGGACGGAGAGCACGUGAUAAAGGUAGAGGGCAGUGCAGUGAUCUGCCUGACUUCCCUGACCUUCACUACAAACAAGGGGCGUGUGGCCACCUUUGGUGUUAGAAGGGGUCGAUACUUCAGUGACACUGGAGGUUCAGACAAGCAUCUAGUGACUGUCAAUGGAAUGCAUGCACCGGGCCUCUGCGUCAGAGGGAUUGGCUUCAAAUGGGGAAAUAUCAAUGCUAAUGGCAAUGACCAUUAUAAUAACAAGGAAGAUAAGGCUGACAACAAAGAUGCUGACAACAAAGAUGCUGACAACAAAGAUGAUGGAGAUGAGGAUGAUGAUGGAAACGAUGAUGAUGACCAGAAAGAUGAAAGCUGAGUAGCAUGCUCAGAGCUCAGUCCUGCAUCUCCACAUGGCAGCGCCUCCUCUCAGCCAAGCUCUCCCACUGGAGGAAGUAAUAUACCAGGAGACUCCAGGCUGGGGGGAGCAAAGCCCAAAUGCCUUUAUCUCUCUGUCUAAUAAACUAUGUGCAUC